AUGAGAAUGGCGACUAACAUCUACAGGUGCCCCAAGAACUUACUCCAAGACUUACUCUGUCCCAAAGAGACCAUUCGAGUCUGCUCGUUUGGAUGCCGAAUUAAAGUUAGUUGGUGA